ACAACUCCCACACAAACUACUUUACGCUUACAUUCCCGUGAGGCCAAUAACACAAUGGCAAUAACAACAGAUAAAUUUGAUACUGUGUAUCAAAAUUUCAAAGAAACUAAUAAUAUUAUUGAUGAAAUUGAUCUAAAACUUCAAAAUCUAAAGGCAACCUCAAAUAUGACACCAAACGAAAAAAUUCAUGAACUACAAAAUAUAUAUGAACUUUUAAAAGAACAAGAAAAACGUUUGCCUAUUUAUGAAAAUCUAAAUACUAGUGCAACUAGUGCACACAUUUCAACAAUGUAUAACCAAAUUACCAACAAUUCAAUAGCGAUGUCGUCGCCAUUACAAUCAAAUCUAUCAAAUGAUCAACAACAUAUUGUUUUAGUAAAUCCAGAGAUUGUAAAUGAGAUACAAAUUUCAGAAAUGCAAGAAAAUCCAGAAUAUUUAAAUGGUAUAAGAACUUCUGGAGGAAGCCAGGAAAAUCGUGAAUAUAAUAAUGAAGAUGUUCAAGAUAAUGUUAUAACUAUAACUGACGACAAUGAAAACAUAACUACAACUACUGUAAAUGUACCACAAGAAAGUGGUAUAGAAUUUCUAAAUAAUGAUAAGUUACUACAACAGGAGAAUGUUACAAGUGGUAAUAAUGACAUGAUAAAUUUACCUCAAGAACAGGAGAUAAAUGACAAUAAUAUAUCAGCAAACUUGCAAUCCGAUAAAGAUUUAUUAUUAAAUACUGAAACUGUAUUAACUAAUACGGAUAUAAUUGAUAAAGAUAAUUGUGAAAAUUUAACAGAAGGGGAAAUAUACAAUGACAAGAAAGUAAUCAAUGAAACAACAAAUUAUAUUUCUAACACUGAAAUUUAUGAAAAUCGUAAUAAGAAGGAAGAACUCUUUGAAAGUGAACAACAUCAAGUUGAGCACCAAUCUUCAAUUGAAAAUUUAGAUACAAAUAAAUUCUUGGACUUGAAUGAAAAUGAACAGCUGGAACAAAAUAUUGGACUUAAUAAUGUUGUUAAAUCAAAUAAUGAAAUUCUUGAGUUAGCCAUAACAAUGGAUGAAAAAGAAGUUAUUGAAAGUCAAAUUCAAGAACAAAGAAAAAAUGAAGAAGAAACCGAAGAGGAAUCACCCCCUUACGAACAUAUUUCUAUAGAUAAACCUAUAAAAGAUAGCCGUAUACGUUUAAGAUCUCAUACACAACAAGAUAUUGAAGAUACUGCAACUAAUAACAAUAAUGAAAAAUCCACUAAAACUAGUUUAGAGGUAAACAAACCAAUUAAAACUCGACGUCUUAGAUUACCUAAACCUACUCUCAAAACUAGUGAAAAGUCCAACAGUGAAAACUAUCAAAUAAAUGCCGAUAUUAUAAAUAAACUUAUAAAUGCCACAGAAAAUUCUGAGAAUAACGAAAAUGGCGAUAAAACAAAAACAUUUUUGGAAGAUGCCGAAAUUCCCUUAACACAAAAUGUUAUAUUAACAAAACGUUUUAUGAAAAAGGCCAAAGAAAAACUUCAACAACAAUCGUUACUAAAUGAAACAAUAGUAAAAACUUCACGACAUCGCGAUGCAGACAACGAUGUAGAACAAAAAAUGUUUGCUUUACAUAAAGAAGACAAUCAAAACUUAAAUAGUAUAGAAAACAUAGAUGUUACCCUGCUAACACAAACUUCGGAAGAGAGUUAUACUUUAAAUCUCUCACAGGAUCCUUUAAUUACCGAUGAUGUUUGUGAUAAUGCAACAAAAUUAAAUAAUGAAAUUCCCACCUCUAGUAACAGCUGUUACGAUCAUAUAAUUACACCCAUUAGAAGCAAAAAGAAAUCGAAAUCUUCAGCAAAUCUUGAAACUCCUGAAACAUCAACAAACACUCAUACAAAACGUCGCAUUUCAUUUGAAAAUCCCUCAUCCUCACUUGCCGCCUCACCCUCUACUUAUAAAGAACAAUUCAAUUUAGGUAAUCCUCAUGUUGUUCUAACUAAACUGAAACCUUCAUAUUUGCUGCAGACAACUCAAAAAGUUAUACAGGCGGAUAGUACCACUACCACCACAACUAAUGUUAAUCCCAUUGUUACUUCUUCUACUUUAUUAGCAGAUGAUAAUCGACAGACAUCAACACAGAAACGGCGAAGUUUUACACCAGAAUAUGAUUUGGAUUCAUCUCUGAAAGAUAGUAAAUGUUUAAAAAUUGAUGUUGACAAAUCGGGACGCAAAGUUAAUUUCGACACUAGGCAGCGAACGCAUUCGGAACAGAGUAAUACUUCAAAAGAGGAGAGGGAUUUCGAUACAGAUUCAAGUGAUGAAAAGCUAACUAUAGUCGAUACAUUGCAAACAUCAACGCCAACUGGCAAUGAACGAAAACCAAUCAUUGAGCCUGCUACUACAACCCAUACAGUAGUAGUAACACAUCAUUCUCAUCAUCAGCAUGUGCAUAAAGAACAGGAGCAACAACAACAGGAAAAUGAAUCCGAUUUACGUCAACAAAUUGAAAAUGUAAGCAAUAAAUCGGAUUUACAGCUACAAAUACAACAGAGGCAGGAGAAACAACAAAAAGAAGUUGAAAAAAUUACAACAACCACCACUAGUUUCAUCAGUGAAAAUAGCAAUAAUUUGCCCCAUAAACAAUACCAACAAGGGAAUGUCCCGGUGUUGGUGGAAAAGGAAGAGCAGUUGUUGCAACAAAACCAAUCUGAAAAUAAGUUAAAAGAGGAAGCACAAAUUGGAUAUGGUAAUAACAAAAGCGAUGGACAAAAACAACAUUCUUCACCCUUUAAACGUAUUGAUGAGCCUGAAAAGCCAACUUCAAAUGCUAGUGAUAAAUAUUCUAAGGAAACUUUUUCCGUAGAGAUGAAGGAAAAUGUUGAAUAUUCAACUUAUUCUUCAUUGUAUAAUAAAUUAUCGUCACAUUCAACAAAAUGUCAAAUAAAUUUUGAAAAUUCUUCUGUGAAUAUAACACCGAUAUCAUCUCCGACUUAUGGCGAUGAUACUAUUGCCAGUCCAUCGCCUGUUAGGAGAUCAUUUGAUUUUCGUUUGGGUGGCGAAAUCGAUGGCCGUUUAACAUCUCCACCAAUUCCUUAUAUUUUACAUGAAAUUGAUUUGGGAAGAGUUGACAUAAACAAACCAAUUUGCAUUGAUAAACUUAAGAAAACUUUACAAUUAGAUCCCAGAAUAUUUAGAACUCAUGUGAAGAAACAAUUAAUGACUUUGUGUAAACCAACUGGAAAAACAUCGAAUGCUUUAGUGUCUUUAACAACAAGCAAUACCUCGAAUUUAUCACACAGUGUUGGUUCAUCAUUAAACUAUGCGCAACCAACAAAUGCCACAAUGGUUUCACCUUAUGACCCAAGAAAUCGUACACCUGCCCUAAUGACAGACAUAGCUACACCAACAAUAUCGUCACAAACUGCACUAACUCCUUACAAUAAUAUGAAUGUGGUUGCGGCAACUACGCCAUCAGCAUCAUCGCCUUACAUGAACACAGACAUACCGAAUGCCGUUCCUUUGGCUCUGCAAUACCACAGUACAGCGCAACCAAUCUUACAGCCUCAACAGCAACAAACACCAAAUAUGUUUCUUUAUGGUUGCCUACAACGUUCGCCUUGGUAUCAGAGUCUGAUGUCUACCAUGAAAAUUCAAAUAAAUCAAUCAAUAUCACAACUGGUACGUGCCUUAAAUAACUUUCAUCGUGAACGUCUCUUAAAUCCUGAAAUGGUAUUCGACGUAUUCAAAAUUGAUUGUGCCGGUGAACUUUUGGAGAUUAUGCGUAAUUUGGGCAUAUUUGUAGAUGCAAAUGGCAUUAUCAAUGAACAGCGACAUGUACCUACGUUUGGCGGCCGUUCUUGUUGUAAUACAAUGCCAGUCAAUGCCACAUAUAGUUUUAUACAGCAGGUUCUAACACCCAAUACGCAUUGCACUUCGAUGACAACUGCAUCAUCGACCUAUAAUGCGGCAGAUGGUGGUGCUGCUGCAGUUGGUUCGCUUAAUGUCAAUGAACCAUUUGUUAGUUGUUAUAUUAAAGCACCAAAACCGCCAAUACAAAAACAUUCGGAUGAAUGUGGUGUAACAAGUCACCAUGGUCAUCAUGAUGAUCACAAUAAUAAUAAUUAUCAUAAUAAUAGUAGUAAUAGUAAUUGUAAUAGAUGUUGUAAUAACAAUAACAGUUGUUGUGACAAUGGCAGCGGUGGCAACAACAACAACAACCAUAAUAGUAGUUACAAUCAAAAUAAUAAUAAUAGACGCUUUGGUAAUCCAUUUAAGAAACCUUAUGAUAACAGUUAUAACAACAAUAACAGCAGCAACAACAACUAUCAGUCACGUUCUAAUCAACGUUCAUCUUAUAGCAAUAAUCCUCGUUUUAAUAAACCUGGUUUAAGUUCUCCUUCAAGAUCCAACUCUUCGCCUCCUAAUUCUCCAAGAGGAGGAGGAGGUGCUGGUGGUUUUGAUAGUGGUAGUAGCUAUGGUGGCGGUGGCCGUGGAGGACGUGGUGGUUUCAAUAAUAAUCGUCGUUUUAAUAAUUUCAAAAACAAAGACAACAAUUACGAUAAUAAUGCUGGCUCUUCUUGGUCAUCUUCUUUUACGUCGACGGACAACAAAUUUCAAAAUAAUAACUCACCUUCUCGUUCUUCUUCACCCAUUUCAUCACUUCAAUCGGGUUCGCCUCGUACAGCAGCAGCUAAGUCUUCACCACCUCCUGUUGCUAAAAAGUCUUCAGCUGAUGAAGAAUGUUGGGAUUCAGAUAACUGAUACUGAUGCUGAUGUAACUUAAUCUACAAAUUUGAAAAAUUCUGUGGAUUCA